AUGGCUAUAACGAUGGAGCUUGAAGAGAGCGCGUCGGACUCGAAAAUACACCGAGAUAGCACAUCUAAGAAGGAGCUUCGGCCAUCAAGCGCUGUCUCAUUCUCGAAGUCCGAACAUGGGCCAGAAGGUUCAUCAUCAAGCGAGCAAUUGAAGCAAUAUAAAAGUUGGGUAAGCACCGAAAGAUGGAAUGAGCUGAAAAAGAUCGCUGAUAACGCAAUGAAGGAGCAUAAAGUGUUCAUGAUAAAAGGUGGUGGAUUCCCAGCGGUUCGACGAGCGCUUCUUGAACGAGGAUGGAUUGAGAAAUAUGAGUCACAUAAGGUUCGCCAUCCUCCUCAUGUAGAUCCAAAAAAAUUGCACGGUAAAGAACUUUCGAAAGUGGAAAGAAUGAUUCUGUAUAAAUUCAUGGAGCACCAUUCUGUUGACUUUCUUUGGACAACUAAGAGGGAUAAGUACGACUGGCUGCUUAGUAACAAGGACGUUAUUAUUAGCAGAUUUUGCAGAUCGAUUUUCACCACGAAGGAAGGUUUAACUACAUCCCUAACGCAGAUGCACUGGCAUACGGAGCCAGGAGUGGCAUUGACAAAGUUCCCUCGUUGCUACAACAUCCACAAUUCCGACAGCCUUGAGGAAUUCAUCGACGAUUUUAGAAUAACGGCCUGUAUCAGUGUCCUAAAAUGGUUAUCAAUCGCAUUGCAAAACAAUCCUGAACCCAACAUUAUUACAGCGAAUGGAAAAGUUCCAUUUAGUGCCAUAGAAUUUGCCAUCAGCAGGUUGAAUGAAUACAUAGUGUUCCUGACUCAUAGGGAUAUCGAUGACACGGACGACCAACAGCAUGUCUGGGAACAUGAAUGGGACCAGUUUCUGACACACCAUUAUCUCUUAGUUCACGAGAAAGCCAAGUUUAUGGAAGACAAGAACAUUAAUGUCCGGCAAUUAGAAAGGAGAGGCUGUAAGAUUUUAGGCACGAUGGCGAAGUACUGGCCUCAAAUAGACAUCGAUGGUAUACUCAACAUAUGGAUCGUGAAACCUGGCAACAAGUGUCGAGGCCGUGGCAUUCAGCUUAUGAACAAUAUCAAAGACAUAAUAGGUCUUAUCAACAUACCUGCUCAGAAAACUAGAUAUGUCGUGCAGAAAUAUAUCGAAAAUCCGCUGGUAAUCUACAAUACGAAAUUCGAUAUCCGCCAAUGGUUCCUCAUAACGAAUUGUCAGCCAUUAACCAUUUGGGUCUACAAAGACAGCUACCUCAGAUUUAGUUCACAAAUAUUUAGUUUAUCGAAUUACCACGAAUCUGUUCACCUCACAAAUAAUGCCGUACAAACGAAAUAUAAAAAUACUGGCGAACGAGACAAAGCUCUACCAGACGAAAAUAUGUGGGACUGCCACACUUUCAAGGCUUAUCUCAGACAGAUAGGAAAAUAUGAAUUGUGGGAGGAGAAAAUUUAUCCUGGGAUUAAACAGUGCCUGAUAGGCGCCAUGUUGGCUUCCCAAGAGAGCAUGGACAAGAGACAGAAUAGCUUCGAACUGUACGGAGCAGACUUCAUGCUGACCGAAGAUUUCACGCCAUGGCUCAUUGAAAUCAACUCAAGUCCAGACCUAGCGCCUACAACAUCGGUCACUGCCCGAUUAUGUCCACAAUGCCUUGAGGAUGUUAUAAAAGUGGUUCUAGAUCGACGAUACAACCUCGACGCAGAUACUGGAACAUUCGAGCUAGCAUACCGUCAGAUAAUACCUAAAGCUCCAGCGUAUCUGGGUCUAUCAUUGUGUAUUAAUGGGAAACGGGUGCUCAAGAAGUGCAAGGAACGUAAACACGAAGUAAAGUCUACCCACACCCCACAACCACCUCGCGUGCCCUCCGGCGACGCUAUCCUCUCAUCAGAUCAAGACCAGCCAGUACCAGCUGAAUACAGCGGUCCUAUCAUCACAGACUUUCUUACUUGGUUGAACCCGUACGAUGCUCUGCCUACUAAUAAAGAUGGCAUAGUACUAGGCCCCAAGGACUCCCUCACGGUACGCCAAGCUAUCACAGUCGUCAAAUCCACUAUCACGCUAAAGAGCGCACCGAAAAAGCGUAAAACAUCCCUUUCUUUUAGGAUUCAUCGAGGAAGACGAGAAAGAAAUACUGAGUGUAAACGACGAAUUGUGCCUCAUUCGUGCUGUCGACCUGAAGACGGUCAAUUUACUAAUCAGACCGGUAAAUACCGGACCGAGUCAGCGAGCAAAGCCGAAAAGACCAAGGUUGACAGGUCGGUCGGUAACAAGCGUUGUUAUAUAGACCCGGUCGAAUGGGAGCGGGAAACCGCUAGUAUUCUCCGGUCAACAAUAUCUGUUCAAAACAAAGUAGUUAGCAAACCUGAACCGGCCACGUCACUGCGCCACGCCAAGUCCAGUGUAGUUAGUUCCAAUCGAAAAUCGGUUGACACGAUCAACCGUCGUAACAGUUUGGACGAUUCAGAUCCAAUUAAAAAACUAAGCGCGAUAGGCACAAGUAUUUGCAAAUUACAGGGUGAUAACAGAAACAAAGACAAAUCUAUAUCACUUUCGAAGAGUUGCACCUCGAUAUACGCGCCUUACAGGGUCGUUGUUACACCUCUCAAUGAGGAAUCUUCAAACUCUUUCUUGAAAAGAAAGAAAUAA